AAAGAGGGACGUCGGGAGGGUGCCUGCAGCAGUGGGAAAUGAUUUUAGCUGCUGGGCUCGGGGAGGGGGGCGGCAGCGGCCGGGAGAUGUCCCCCGGUUCGCCCUGCCGCCCCAGCCGGGCUCCCGGCCACCCGGGGCCACCUCGGCUUCACCUCGCCGUGGAUUGCGGACUCAUGAUGACUGCAGGGGUUCCUCUAUAUGAGCAGCUUGCUUUUUUCCUUUAUUUAUUUAAUUUUUUUUCAUUCUUUAUACAGCCUCUGACAGGCUAGCAGCAUUGAUCUGGGGGGUGGGUGCUGAGCUGCCAGAUAAAUCUCCUUUGAGAAGCGAUGUUUGGAAGCGUGUGCUGGGAUUACGAGCUCUACAGCUCGUCCUACCUCCCUUGCUGCAAGGAGGGGGAGAUGGACUCAUCCCCGCUGCUGUUCCAGCGGCGUGCCACGCUCUGUUUUUUUUGAGGUGACCCCGGAUACCGAGAGGCCGCCUGAGUCCUGAACCUGGGGGGAGAAAAACCAUGGGGAGCAGAAUGAGCAAGGUGGUCACGGGUCUCUACCUGGGGAACAUCCGCGACUCGGAGGACGGGGCCAGGCUGCGGAGGCACGGCGUGACACACGUCCUCUCCGUGCACACCGGUGCCAAGCCGGUGCUGGAGGACAUGACCUACCUCUGCAUCUCGGCCUCGGAUUCAUCCAGCCAGAACCUGAUGCAGCAUUUCAAGGAGUGCAUCAAGUUCAUCCACGAGUGCCGGCUCCACGGGGGAGGCUGCCUCGUUCACUGCCUGGCCGGGGUCUCGCGCAGCACCACGGUGCUGGUGGCUUACCUGAUGACGGUGACCGACCUGGGCUGGGAGCGCUGCCUGGCCGCCACCAGGGCUGCGCGCUCCUACGCCAGCCCCAACCCCGGCUUCCAGCAGCAGCUGCAGGACUACGAGAGGACCCUGCUGAAGGAGGUGGGAUCCGCGCACCCACGCGCGCGUGCGCGCUUCGCUGGGAGGCACGGGGCGGCGGGGACCUCGUGCCAAAGGGUGGGCUCCGCAGCUGGGGCUCCCCUUGUGUGCGUCUGCGGGGUUUGCAAAUAACCACGGCUGCUUUGCCUGCAGCAGUUGUGCAAGCAGCCCCAGCCAGCCGCUUGCCCUUUGCGCAUGCCAUUUAUUACCUGGGGGGGGGUUUGUUUUUGCAUGCAUGCAAAAAACCAAAAUGUGCCUAGGCAUUAUGCGAAUGUGCUUGAAAAAGCUGCUUAAAGCCCCGGUGCUCUUGUUUUAUUCAGGGUGCAGCUAGGGCACGGUGGAAGGGGGCGCAGAGGUGGUGCUGAGCUGGCACCAGGAGAGCACGGGGCAGGGGACAGGAGAGGGGGGAAGGCUCCUGCAAGCAGCCUUGGGAUGCUUUGGGCGUCCUGGGAUGUGGCAGGGCGUCCUCUGACAGCGUGCCCCCUGCUUUUAGAAGCAGCCGAGAGAUGGAGACAUCAAAGUGAUGAUUGAAAUAAUUCUUUCUCCUCUUCUAAACGAGGCGCAGCAUCGGGAUUUAGCGGAGCAGCACCCUACAGGGUGGCAAAACCCCGAUGUCCCCGUCUGCUGUGGCCCAGGGCCACCACACAAGGACAAGGAGCGCCUCGAGGGGAUUUCUCUCCCCU